AUGUCAGAAAUAGAUACAGUAUUAGAGUGGUUUUUCAAUUUAGCUGGUAGGGUCGCAGAAGGUGAACAAAGAAAUAAUUACCUAGCACACUUAGGAGUUUUAACGGAACAAAUAGAACUUAUUAAAAUGAGUAAAUUAAGUUUUGAUAGCGCAAUUAGGAUGUUGUCAGAAUUCGCGGGUUUACCAUCCCAGGAUUUAAAUUUAUUCGAGAAAAAAUGCGAGUUUGUAUUUAAACAUAUUGAGGAGGCAAUUGUUAGUAACGUGUUAGAAGCGCUGCUAUGCAAUUUAUCCGGAAAAGCGUUAUGCAUUACUCAGCAUAAAACAAUAGAAAAUUAUAAAGAUUUGAUUACAAUUCUUAAAGCUAAUUUUGGGAACAACUUUUGGGAGACGUAUUUAUCAAAACAACUUAAUUCGAUUACGCAGGCUAAAUUUGAAAAAGUACAGGACUAUGCAGGUAGAGUAGAAUUAGCUCUUUAUAGAUUAAUUAACGAAAUGACGAAAGAUAAAACUAUUACGGAAAGUAAAACUAUUUCUAAGGUAUUGACAACACAAGCGCAAAACAUAUUUUCAGAUUAG